CUAUGCAGAGAAGGAAUUAGGUAAACAAACAGCAGGAAAGGAGUGUCAUAUCGCAGAUUGCACAAUAUUGUAAAAAGAUCAUGGAAGAAGCCGGUGAUGUGGAUGAUGGUUAUGUACCAGAUUUGCCGGUUGAAGAUUUUACUCCAGAAGAAUUGGAAAUACCAGAAGUAAAAUAUGAAUAUUUGGACCAUCCAGCAGAUGUUCAGCUCCAUGCAUGGGGAGACACAAUUGAAGAAGCCUUUGAACAGAUUGCUGUUUCAAUGUUUGCAUAUAUGACUGAAAUAGAUAAAGUUGAUAUUUUGAUGUCUCAAGACAUAGAAGCUGAAGGUCAUGAUAUGCUUUCUCUUCUGUUUCAUUUUCUAGAUGAAUUCUUGUAUGUAUUUAGUGCAGAACCUUAUUUCAUUGCCAGGAAAGUAAAAAUUCUAAGCUUUGAUCGACAGAAUUUCAAGAUCAAGGCAAGAGGGUAUGGAGAAAUUUUUGACUUGGACAAACAUCCUCAGGGUACAGAGGUUAAAGCCAUAACUUAUUCAAAUAUGCAAGUUCAUGAAAAUGAAGAUAAAUGUGAACUGUUUGUGAUAAUUGAUAUCUAAACACCUGUAUUUAUUGUGAAUAAAAGAUUUUAUACAAAA